GAGAAACUUUAGAGGAAAUGGGUGUUGAGAACUCCUCCUAUAUCUAACUCCACAUUCCUUUUCUGUACCCUUUUCAAAGUUUCGUAGCUAAGUCUGUGAGACCAGAAAAGGGCAGAGAGAGGAUAACUGCAACUAGGUAUCAACAACCACUGAACAUUACAGACUCAAAGGCGCUGUAGCUGAAGGGAUUCCAGACCCUUUCUCUCAUCUCCAAGCAGCCAUGGUGUUCCUGCUCAUAUUCCUGACUGUGCUGCAUUUGGUGACCUUGGCCAUGCUCCUCAUUGCCACCCUGGAGAAGUCCUGGUGGAUAUGGGAUGAUUUAGAAAUCACAGACCUUUGGUAUAACUGCUUCCAUGAUAAUGCCACAAAGACCUGGUUGUGUGCUGCUACAAAUGAGAGCGACUGGCUGCAGUCGCUCCAGGCCCUCAUGGUCCUUUCUGUGGUCUUCUCCUCCAUCUCUUUACUGAUUUUUCUCGGCCAGUUGUUCACCAUGUCCAAAGGUGGACUCUUCUACUUCACAGGCCUCUGUCAGGCAUUUGCAGGCUUCACAGACUUUGCGGCUUGCCUCAUCUUCACCUUCCACAGAAAGGAGAUUUUAAGUGAAUCCAGAGAUCUUAGCAAAGGACGCUUUGGCUAUUGCUUCAUCCUGGCCUGGCUGUGUGUCCCUCUCCUCCUAGUCAGUGGAGUACUAUACGCCCACCUGCGUAAGAAGCAGUGAACCAAAAACUAAAGAGAUGGAAAACCUCUUAAAAACAGCGUGAUGCUCUUCACUCACUUUCCAGAUUAAAGAAAGCGCAGAUGAGGAUAUAAGAAGACUAAGAAGAAAAUACUUCUUUAAAUUAUGUAAUACUCUCUGACGCAAAAUCCACCCUACCAUCCUAUAUGGUAUGCUGGACAUUAUGUCAUAAUGGUGUCUCUCUAGGAGACAGUCUGUUAUUGUUACUCAAGACCAAAUCAAGAAAACUUGCUGAUUUAAGCUUAAAAUAUUAAACAUGAAGAAUGAUGUUAUAGAAGUAUUUUUGAAUCAAUGUAUACCUGUACUUUAUGUAUGAUUGUGAUUAUGUUUCAUAUGUUCUGUAUAUAUCUGUUUACUUAUUAAAGAAAGCAAUGCACUGA